UUUUGCCGUAUGCCUCAGACACAGACUCUAUCCAGCACGCAUAAGUAAGUACUUCGAGGAAGUCCUCCUAUUCUAAGACUUCGAAGAAAACACAGGCUGAGUAGGUACUCCCGAUUCGUUUGCCUAAGUGAGUACUUCGAGUAAGUCCAGUCAUGUUGAUGCCCAGGAAAAGUUUUCGUGGUCUUCAAGCUCAGAGCUGAAUACCACUUCUAUUAGAAUCUAAGAAUUUGAAUUUCUAACCUCUUAACUUCCUCGUAAUUUACAUUCACUCAACCUCAAGACGCCUCCCUUGCAGAAUUCUAUCCAUAGUUGGACAUAUGUUGAAGUAGUACACUUUCUUGAAAUGGUCCUCGUUUCUUGCAAGAUGAAACGAACAUGCGCACUCUACUCCCUCGUCUAUCAAAAAGAAAUCCUUGGAGAUGUACAUCAGAAGUGCCUCAGAACAAGGUCGCUUGUUCUAGAAGCAGCCAGAAUUGCCUAUGGAUCACCGUCUACUUAUAGUACAUACUGCGUAGCGCCUUUCCUUCUACGAUCGACUGCGUUCUUAUAUUUGAGUUGAAGUUGUGCUUGUGUCUUAUGUUGAUGUGUAUCUUAAGCAAAAAAGACCCAAUCCCCUUUUUUCCCUUUUGUGUCCUCAUCAACUACUGGUUUUAAAACUCUGCUAGCAGUUCCUAUCUACUUACGCAGAUCAGCAUAAUGAUGGGGCCACAGACUCUAGACCCUCCUGCCUUUCAACCAGGAGUAGCUACUGAGCAGGACGCUGCUCUCUUUCCUAGUACUAGUUCCAGCGCCAGCUGCUGCUCUACUUUUUCUACUUCUCUUAGAAGGAGAAGGAGUAGCAGUGACCAGAAAUUGAAGAACGACGGCAACAACAUAUCAGCUGCGUGUAGUUCUCGUCCUGCAACAUCAUCAACUCCUGCAUCUUCUGCAUCGUCAGCUUCUGCCUGUGGUUCUCCUGCGCCAAGUUCUGCGUGUUCUACUGCAUCUUCAACUUCUGCAUGUGCAUUUUGGAAGGACAUUUUUUGCUGUAAGAACAGAAGGUGCUCAGUUGUACAUGACAAGUUGUCUCUUAAAGAAAAUGGAGGACAGGACAUGAGAAUCAACAGUAUCCAGAAGGCCCACGACAACAGCAAGAACACCAACAUCAACAUUAUGAAGUGCAAAAAGUGAAGGGGUGCAGUAUACUAGACUGAAGCGCCCGGCAGCACUCAUCCCACUAGAAUCCCCCACCCCCUGCACGCACUUCCCCCGCCAUUCCGUGGCCCCGCUUGCCCAGCCCCUUCCCUACGCGGCAGCUGUCUGGCGGGGUGGAUCGGUGGAGAAAGAGAGGGAGCCCCGCCGAUCUGGGGAGGGCGGUCGCCUGGCCUCGACCUGCUGGCGCUUCGGAUGCGGAGGGCUCUCCUCCGAGCACCACGCAGCCAGCCCCUGGCCCUGAGGCUUUGCGAGUUUGCCCAGGUGGCGCCCCUUGUGUUUAUGCAUCACCCGACCCGGCUACUCGGCAGGCGAGUGCCGUCCGAAUAUUGUUAGAGCUUUGGGCCACACGAUGGACCGCGUGGGCGCGGUGCCGUCAGCUGCUCGGAGGGCUCCCCGGGGUCUCAUCUCCCCGCACUGUCUGGCGCAGCGCGGUCCCCGUGUUUUUCUCCCCUGGGUGUGGGGCGGCGACCGGCCUGAAGGCCACAGCAAAGAGCUGAUCGGCGGAACAGCACAAGAGCCGGGCUCCUGGCGGCCGGAGGCUAUUGAAGCGGCACGCCUGGAAGUGACAGGCUUGGGAGACUGCUGGCUUUGUUUCUGUCAGGUUUGGCAUCUUUGCGGAAGGCUGAAGCGUUUCGCCUUCGGCUUCUUAAGUCUCGCCUACUUCGAGGAAGCUUAAAAACUUUGCGCCCAGUUUCUUUUUUUUUGAUUCACCUUUCUUCGAUCUUUUUGCGCCCAGUUUCUUUUUUUUGGUUCACCUUUCUUCGAUCAAGUCAAAAACUUGGCCAUUUUCGCGCUUUCAAGUUUGGGCUCUCGGUUUUUGAUUUUAUCGCGCGCUGUAGUGCGCGCUGUAGCAUUGUAGGCUUCGGGCUGAAGGCUUGAAGCCUCAAGGAAGUGAAAGACUAAUCCAAUUUUUUUAGCAAAAUUCACCUCCCUUCGAUAAAGUCAAAAGCUUCGCGACUUUAGGGCAUUGGGGGUUCGGGGGUUUUUGAGUUUGUAUGUUUGUGCGUUUGUCAGUUUGGGUCUUGGGGGUUCGGAAGUGGAAGCGUAAAAGCUUGGCGUUUGGAAGUGGCAGAGUCAGAGCCUGGGGCGGGGACGUGAGAGAGUGAGGGUCUGGGGGGGUCGUUGUAGAUUUUUUAUCUAGCUCUUUAAUUUCAAGUAAUCAAUUUUUAGUCAUCAAGCUGAAGUCUUUAACUUUAUCUUAAUCUUUUGAACAGGGCUAGCGCUAGUUGCACUGGUGUGGUCUUGUCUGUGUUUACCUUUUGAACAAGGGCAGUUGCACUCCUGUGGUCUUGUUCUACUUUUUGCGCAUUCAUUACAUACCACAUGCAGAAAAUUAAACAAGUCCAGGCCGAGGAGUGGGCAGGGUCUGAAGCAAAGUCAAAGCUGUUUCAGACCUUGUUGACCAUCAGACACGAAGGGCCAUGCACAUGCUGUGAUGGAUCGCGCCUUUAUUGCUUAUAAUUUUUUAGUACUCCUGUAGGAGUACUAUAUAACACAGCGCAGCUUAUAGCACGUAUCGCGGAUGGAGUAGCAUGGAGCGCACGAAGCUCGUGCAACCUGCCCGCCCAUGGAGUGCAUGGAGCUCAUUACAAGCGUGCCACGCGCGGCCCCGCGUGGAGCACCAUGCCCCGCCGAAGUUGGGCCCCUGGUAAUGUGUCGGGAGGUGACGUAGCCGGCGCCGCUGAAGCUGACCGGCGGGGCGCCCUAAGUGAAGGGCACCAUCCAGCUUGCGAGCGGGUGCGUUGCUGGGGGCUGGCUGGUGUGCUAGACGCUUCAGGAGCCAGCCCCGCCUCGUAGUCAAUGCGUCGAGGGGCAAGGCUGUAGCCGGCGGUGCUGGGGCUGAUGCUUUGGCCGCUGUAAGGGCGCCGGCCCGCGAGUGAGUGGGCCUGGGGCCUCAGCUGUCGAGUUUGGUUGAUUGCCUAGACCCCCGAAGGGGACUGCCUUGGACGUAAUGCGCCCAGGGGUCGCGGGUGACGUCGCUGGCGGCGCUGCAGCUGAUAGACUUCUCGCUUGGCGCCCUGAGGGUGCUGGGUCCGGUCCGCGAGUGAGCGGCUCGUCGGCCUGGGGGUUGGGGCUGGCGGGUUGGAUGCCUAGGGUAGGCCCUGGGCUGCCGGGCUGAACGCGUGUAAACUCUGAUGGAGGAGCGGGCCUGAAGAAACCUCAGAAACUGUUCUGAUAUAACUCUAACAAACAGCGACAGCGGGAGCGGACAUGCCUGAGGCAUCAUGAGCAUGACAUGACAAGGACUUCAACGUCAUCACGCUGCCCGUCCUCAACAAGGUCACGGACGCUGUGCAAAAGAAAGGUGAAGUUCCGCAGCAGAUAUACAUGCAAUAUUAAGGCCUCCCCUAAUUCUAAGCCCAAUGUAGUCAUCUUCAGAGAAGUCAUCCUCGGAGAGAGGCCUUCACCUCCAACUAUUUAACAAGAAUCCGCCCACUUCCUUUUAUUGGACUCAGCGGCCCCAGAAUGUUCAGUAAACCGCCAAGUAGUCGACACUCAUCUUUCAUCAAAAACAAAAAAGUCCGCACUCUAGGAAGGUCUCACUCUGUCUAGGCCUUGCUAUCAACACUGUAAGAGCGAGGCCUUUCUUCAAGGAUGUACUGAGUCUUGAGACCAUGAUCCAAAGUCGUGAACUAAAAUACUGAAGAUGGAUGCGGGUCGUGAGCUUGCUCCCCUAAGAAGAAGAUGAAUAGAAGAGGACAAGGCAGAGUAGGCGGCAGUUCCAGUUGCUGUGCUGUUCUUGCUGAUGCUGGUGCACUUAUGGCAUAUUGUUGUCCUUGCCGUAAUGUAGUUCAUCCCAAGACUGAUAGAAACAUCUUUGACUUUGACUCCUUUACUAAGAUGAGCUUCGAGUUCAAGUGAGGUCCUCUAAUGUACUUCGAGUCCGAGUAGACUUCGUGUUGGCGGCAGGUGCUGCCGUGGUCCUGGUCAUAAUGCUAGUGUGGGGCAUCGACAUGAAUGACCCUCCUUAAGGCAGAUCCUCAACAUGAUCACACUGACUGAUGGCACGUUUAUAGGCACAAAAGAAUGUCGCUAAAUCCAUGUAGGGCUGAUUCGUCAUGUUGGAUUUAGUAGGAGUUAUUUUCUCAUCCGUAGAGAAGUAGACGAAGUAGGAGGCCGUUUCUUCAAGUACGUAGAUGAAAAAGCGCAAGGGAAAAUGGGUUAUCUGAUCUUUAUAUAUCCUUACCAGAUUGACUAGUACCCAAAGUUGUAUCUUUCUGCUAGAUCAUUGAGUUACAGCCAGAUUGAGUAUCUUUUUUCCAGAUUAAGAGAAUUCCCAAAAUAAUUGAGAUUCGUCCUGCUCUAUAAGAAUCCUACCAAAAGAACUGGAGGGUCGCGGGGUUUCUUCGUUGCAGCUACGAAUGCCAGUCUGCAACAAGUCAGUUGUAAGGAUAUCUCCACCUCGGCCGGAGACCUAUUCCUAAGAGAAAUUAUGAACGUGGUUCGUGACGACACAUUUUAGUAUAGGAAUCCUGUCCAUCGCGUUCGCGGCACUGGUAUGUCUAUCUUAAGCCUCCGCUCACUAGAAGGACCCACUCUAAGCGAAGUACUACUCAUCAGAAGGAUCCAGAACCGAAGCGAAGUACUAUCCACUAGAUGAAGGGUCCUAACCUAACCACUAAGCGAAGUACUACACCAAAACCAAUGACUACUACAUUUUUUACGUCAACUACGCAGCUGUUGAGAUAUAUUUUAAGCUGAGGAGAAGCCGAACACAAUAAGCUAUACGCGCUCAUGGGGUCUUCUUAAUUUUAUGAAGAGUAUCAUUAUAGAGCAGCACCCUGCCGCAGAUUCCGUGGGCGGGUGUUAACGGUAACAGUAGCACAAAGUAGAUAGCGCCCUUCUCUGAGGCUGUGGGUCUAUUUGGUGAGCCGGUACCCCAUUGCGAGUAAACCAGUGCGCACAGCCAUAGAGCUGAGCACCCACCGGGGGCGUUGCGCAGGGCUCCGACCUGCAUUCGAAGGUGAGACCUCUGGGGCUGACAGGACCACGACGGCGCCGGCGCUUAGUUAGUAGUAGAUAAGUAUUUGCCUGGCACUGGCUUUUCUUUUUUCGUUUUUUGGUUUUUCUACUCAGGUCUGCUCCACCAAAAUUAUAGAGCGACUGCUGACGCAGCUACUUUUAUUGUCAGGGCUUACUGCUUCGGACUACAAUUAAGGUAAGAUGACUUGUCUCAGGCCUGGCGUCGUUGCUAUUGUUGCUACUGCUAGAAAUAUAACUGCACUACACCAAAACUACUGCUAUCGCCCUCGUUAUCGCCAGCAUCGUUAUUUUUACGCCAUUCUCUUCUUAUAGUUAAGGCCGCUCUUCCUUGUCGUAAAAACUUCUCGUUCUCUUCAACAGUCAGCCCCGAAACUUGCUAUCGGGGCCCGCCUGUGUCGGGUUGUGCCUUAGGCGUUCAACAGAGGCUAUGGGCUUACAGUUCUCACUGAUAGUUGUAGGCUUGUUUCCGUUGGCGCGCGGUCUUAUGCUCCCCCCGUAUGGAAGUGCUUCGCUGUAUAAUUGUUCAGUACGUAGGGAGGGCGCCGCGUCUAGUCUUACCGGAAAAUAUAAAGCCAACGCAGAUAGCGCACGAGCGCUGAUUGAUUGACUGGCUGCUGAGGAUGGAUGGCUUGGGCAUUUGCCCGGCCCGCGUGGCCUUGUCCAGUGAUCGGCCCGAGGUGCGGGCCUCUUCCUCAGCUGAGUUGCGAGGGCCCGCCCUUCAUCGGCCCGGCACAGCGUAAGCAAAGGAAGCGGGCCGAACCCAUAAACAGCUGCGGCUAGUUUGCGCCUCUGGUUCUUUGUAAUUGACUACGUGACAGGCGGCUAGGAUUUAUUUUAUUACGUUGGAUGGCAUUUAGUGGGCUAGGCCAGCGGAAGCACUCACAGGCGUUCUUGCACAGUCCAGCGUUAGCUUUGAGUCUGUUUAGUUCCUCCUCUAUCCAGCCCCGCCCCCGCCCGUUCGACGGCCGCACCCAGUUGGCACUUCAGAACUAUAGCAGAAGCUGUGCGUGUUAGUGAGUAUGUUUUAGCCAGUCUCACUUUCGACGUCAAAAACUAGCUACAUAAUCAUUAGCAGCGUGAUUUGUAUUCUAAAGCCUAAACUUUAUUGCCUGGUCAUAAUCUAUCAUACUUAGACUUAGAUGGCCCCUUAUUAGUUUGGUUCAGUUGAUGUCUAGCUCUGGGCGCUGGCUUGUUCACUUGUCAAUAUCUAUCCUAUCCUAACAACAAAAAAAAAUCUAAUAUUCUUAUGCCACGAUAUCAAGCAGCGCAAGCACAAAAUCCAGGUGCAGCAGAGACUCAGACAUUAAUCGGACUCGGAAAUACAUACUGGGCCGCCAAGCAAAAGGCUGCAAGUGCGACCAUUAAGGCUACCGCUGAAGCAUCCUCACCACUAUGAUCUUUGGUUCUUCUUUUUCUCCUUGAAAAAGAAGCCCCCAAGGAUACUACUACUCUCAAGGAGGAGGAUGCGAACGCCAUAGCUCUAAGGGCACACCCGCAGGCUUCCUAGACUUUCUCUCCGUGGUCAUAUUAAGGCUUCCAGCACUGUAGAAAACUAGAGCGCCAUGCAGUGACGAGUGUAGUUCUAAAGUUCUACUCCAUGGGCUUGACUAUUUUCCACCCAGGGACAUGCUAGAUUUUGUCCUCAUUGUGAUAUCAAGCAGUAAUGCGACUUCAUAAUAUUGAAGACAAGCACAAGAAUACAGGGUGGAGGUGGACUACAACUACUCAUAAUAUCACAUCUUGUUCAUAAGCGCAACAUAUUACGAGGCUUCUCGUAGUGUGUAGAUUCAUCCCUUGUUGCAGAAGUGAAAAGUAGCCAUGGGGUCGUGAGUGUAGCUUUAGUUGUAGUAUAUCUUCAUAUUAUGAGACAAGAACCUCUUGUUGUAGUUGUAGUGUUGUAGUUGUAGCAUAUCUUCAUAUUAUACAUGUAUGACUGUACUGUACCUGCCUAUGGCAGUUUUUCGCAUACAUAAUCUUAAGUCUAGAUUCUGAUGCUUAUCUGAAGAAACUUGUUGGUCAGACCAGGUUGGAGGCGGCUCGUUAGAUGUUUCCGACGGCUGCGGCAGCUCUAAAGAUCCCGCCAUACUGUGGUCAUCAUAUUUAUGCCAAAAAAAAUUUGCACAAAACUAAAACAGUACUAAGAACUUACACUUUGAGAAGCUAACAGCCAAGCGCCUAGGCCUAAGCCACUGAGCCACCACGACCCUGAGUAAUGUUAUACCCUUUGAAGACGAGGUCUGCUCAGUCUCAGAGAUUAAAUAUAUAAUUUCCCAGUUCUGUGGCUUAGGCGUUGGCGUGUUCACGUAUCACAAUUGAAGGAGAGUCCUUUCCGGCAGUCGAGGUAUUUUUGUGCACAAAGAUAUUUUUGUGCGAACCAAGAUGAAGAACUAACUGAAAUUUAUAUAUUGCAUGUAUCAAUUGGACUUUUUGUGCCAACAGAAAUUGUUCUUGUUGUAUUUGUGAAUUGAUCGUCGACGACCUGCCCACGACCCUUCUUCAUGUUGACCCUCGAUACGCGGGGGAAAGCCAAGAGCUGGACGCGCGCACACGUGCAUACAUCGAAGCAUUUAACCAGAAAAGUCCGCAUUUAUGGUAAAUCUAAAUCUAAGGAGCUCUAGUAUCUGAGCAUUAAAGUCUUCAUAUUUGAAUUUAUUCUGAAUGGAGCGCGGCCUACUCUUUCUUAAUGGACGAGGGGUCUUUUUAUUCUUGAAAAUGGGUCCUACUUCUACUUGAAUGAAGUGGGUCUAGUGCUUAUCAUAAAAGUGGGUCUACUUCUUAAAGGUCGCGGGACUAAUUCUUAAAGGUCGUGGGUCUAUUCUUGCUGCUGGGUCUUGGUUGUUCGUCUCAAGCUGUAAGAAGAGCAAGACCCCUGAUUGGGUACUCCUCCUCGUCCUCCUACUACUACUACUACUACUACUACCUACUACUGAUUGGGUACUCCUCCUCGUCCUCCUACUUCUACUACUACUCCUACUUGUGCUGCUACUACUACGCCUACGGGCUACUGCUGCUGCUGCUGCUCCUCCUUCGAGUCCUAGCCCUACUCCUCGCACUCCUCCUACUACUACUCGUCCUACUAAUGCUCUCCUACUCCUACCACUACUCCCACUAUGCAGGUUGCGAUGACACAUACAGAUACAAGAACCUAAAUAUAUGAUUCUAUUGAUGAAUCGACCUCGUUCAUUGUACGAGCAACAGGUGUAUUUGCUCGGGACGCCAAAGAUGGUCUUAUGACUUGAAAAAAUCCAUCCUCCCCAGCAUGUUGUUGGUCCCAGCAUCUUUAUCAAAGAGAUCAAGAUGCUGAGACGAAGGCGCUGACCGCGAUGGAUUUACUCAAGGUCUAACGGUCGAUCUUUCCAUGGGUACCGACGCUGCUGUUCCGAAAGCAGCUGCACAAUGCUGCCUCCCUGAAAGUGGGACGACCUCGACUGCCCAGAUGAAUACACCUCCAGGUGGAGCAGUAGCUGCACCAGGUGGAGCAGUAGCUGCACCAGGUGGAGCAGUACCAGUAGCACCUGGACCAGGAGCGCCUGGACCAGGAAGCACGUCUGCUUAUGCUGGACCACCUGGAUCAGGAGGGCCUGGUCAUGGUGGAGCACCUGGAGCAGUAUUAAGCAGGGUUGGAAGUUGACCUCUCUAUGGGCAUCUCUAUGGCUGCUUCAAGUAGUAGGAAAGCCAUAGAUAUGCGGAGGCGAACCACUAGAUGGGGGUCAACUUUCGACCCCUAACUACAGUAGCGCCGGCUUAUGCAAGUGCUGGCCAAAAUGGGCCUCACCCAGAAACUCCUACCACGCCUGGAAGUGCGCCUGGAGGUGGAGCAGGAGGUUCUCAAUUCCUUGCGGAUCCCAGGACAGCAGCAGGACCUAGCCCACGCGCUCAAAAUUUGCUAACGAGAACAAUUAAGGCUGCUUCCUACUGUGAUAUUGAUUAAGUAGUCGACUCAUCUCCAGAGAGAAGGAGAAGCAUAUUGAUGUUGUUCCGGCUCUCGUAAUCAGACUCUCAUAAGAUUGAUAUCAUACGUGAACGCUAAUAAGAAUCCGCGAAGUAAUAGGAACGCUAAUCGGAGUCCGCGAAGGCGAAGCAAGAACAGCGCAGCUACCAAAUUAAGGCUAAUUACAAGAGAGAUAUAUGAAUGUAUAUCUGUAUUGAAAUUGGACUACUUGGAUCUAUGUAGACGUCGGACUACUUUGAGGCUGGUGUUGUUGUUGUUGUAUUUCUACUCUCCUACAAGUAAAAAACGGCGAAUUUGUAUUUGAAUGACCUGAUGCACAACAGUACUAACUCUAACCCUGUUCUUGAACUUGAAGUAGCUCGCUGCUGCCUACAAUAUAUAAGCACAACCCCCAACCAGUACUUUGUACUAUCCUACUUUGUACUAUCCAGCUUCUUGGUAAGAAAUUCUACUUAUUGGAAAACAAAUACUAUAAACAUGAUACCUUAUUCACGAUCUUCCUACUGAAUGUUGCCAAGCCACCUCCUGUACCUGUUCUUGAAUUAUUGAAGCUGCUAAAUUGUAGAGGGGGCAAAGAGUCUCAGCGGGCGAAGUCGAAAAAUCUUCGAGGCAGCGGAAAAUCAGAAAGCGAUGCUGCGCACGUUAAGGCUUAGAGUGAUGUGAUCGUAAUCUUAUUCAUUCACGAACGAAUGAAAUCACGAACGAAGGAUCGAGAUCCAUAAAUCGAUUGUAUGCCGUCAAUUCACAUGCGAAGUGCGCAACAUUCAUUCAUUCACUCACUCAUUCAUUCAUUCACUCACUCAUUCACUCAUUCACUCACUCAUUCACUCACUCACUCAUUCACAUUAGGGAGAGCGAGAGAAAGAGAGAGGAGGAAGAUCAUAGACGAAAAGGACAAGAACGAAGAUCAUAACAGUUCUUGUACUUGUGAUUGAAGAUAAUUUUCAUUUUCUCCUUUUUCUACAAUCAGGGCUCCAAAGAUAUUAAGAUUUAGUGAAAGUCGUGUAAGAAAGUACAUUCAUACAUUAAGAUGAAAGUCGUGAAGAAUCAAAAGUACUUCUAUCAAAUGCUUGCGAAGUCGUGAACGAUCAAAUGGCUAGAUUAAUAAACGUAUGAAAGAAGCUCGAGAGGUAGUACGUAAACGUAGUGGUCCGCCUCUAAAAAGAAACGUUUCGAGCACGACGGAUGCUGUCCCAACUGCAUAGAUGAAUCAGAACACACACCGGAAGGCGAAGACGUUGGAGAAGCUUGAACCUCUUGAUUAAGGCUACCCCUAAUCCAUCUCUAUAGGAAUCCCUCAACAAUAUGCACCCCCAUACAAGGGGAAUACUGUGGCAUAUUGUUGAGGGAUUGCCACAGGGAUGAAUUAGCGAGAGCUCUAACUUGAGAAACUGAAAGCGUAGAGGACACUGUCUUCGUCAAGGGAUUAGUAUGGGAUACCGUCACUAAGGGACUACUUAGUAGAGGACACCAUAAUUAAGGAACUAGUAUCGGACACCGUCACUAAGGGGUAGGCUUUUCUUAUCAACGAUUAUUCUUUGCAAGAAACAACGCAUCACAACAUUAAUACAUCAUAGCACGCGAAAGCGAAUAAAGAAACACAUCAACGUAAGAAGACGUCUGGUAGGAACAAGAGUCAGAAGAAGUCACGUUAUAUUGUACCAUACAUUUGCCUAGUUUGUUAUUGUUCAACCACGACCACAUGCCGCAAUCCAUAACCUCACAUAUACUCUGAAGCUCCACCACAUCGCUCUUUGACCUCGUUUGGAUCUACUUCUUUCUGUAUUUAAGCCCUUAUGGCAGUUGUCGGCGCAGUAGAUCUUUGUGCCAAGUUCAUUGUAUACUAUAGGAGUAUUGUAUUGUCCCCUGAAGAUAUUCUUGUAUUGAUGAUCUCAAUUUCCAUAGUUAGGUGGAGUGUUGACAGACCACCUCCACCGAGGACCUCGAGAAUGAGAAGGUUCCACAUGAUUGCUGUUGAGACCAUCAUAUGAAGAUCAGGUCCUGUAUAUACUUAGCAUAAAUGCAGUAGCCGUCUAGUUCAGACCACCGUGGAUAUGAUGAGGAACCAUGAAAAAAGGUGCAAGAAGGCGAGGAAGUAAAAAGUGGUGAAGAUGCAACUUCUAAUUAAAAGAUCUUAUACCCCGUGAGUGGGUCCAUCUAUCUAUCUAUUUAUUGUUUUUGAAUGUCCUUGAUAAUCAUUGAUCAUUAUGUUGAAAGACGAUGAUCCCCCAAAAAUAUUUUUCUCCAGUCCAUGAUGAUGAACUUCUUCUCCAGUCCUCGGCCCUCAGUUCUUC